AUGGCCAGGAAAAAUAUCAUCUGCAAAUAUUACACAAAAGGUCGGUGCGCAAAAGGAAGCAACUGUGAAUAUAUCCAUCCCGGAGUUAAUAACAACGAAUUACCGGAAGACGAGGACAUUGAAGGUGUCCAAAAAACUAUACUUGAUAACUUAAAAGAAAGACCAGAGUGGGUUUUUUCAAGCUUCUCACCUAUUUCUGAGGUUAAAAAAAAUCUUAUUUCAGAUCGUGAUAUUUCUCCUGACGAAGAUCGCUGGAAUUUUUACCUAGCAAAACAAAAAAAUACUGAACAGCAAUAUCGCUAUCAAGUCGAAGCAGAAGUCAAAAAGCAACAGGAAAUUGAAAAACACAUACAGAUUAAUAGCGAUAAAGCAGCUCGUUACUCUCAAAGAAGUAAGGAACAAGAACCAAAAAUGGCCUUUUUACCUCCUAAUAGCAGCAACACAUCCAGUGGAGGCUGGGGAAGUAGUACAAAUACCGGAUCAUCAGCUUUUGGAAGCUUUGGAAACUCUUCCUCCGGAAACACUACUUCAAAUCCUUUUGGAUCCUCCUCUUUUUCUAGUCCAGCAUUUGGAUCUUCUACAUUUGGAACCGCGUCAUCUGGAAACCAACAAAAAUCAUCAUGGUCCAACAAAAGCGGAGGUGGCGCUUUUGAGUCGUUUGUGUCAUCCUCAAACAACACAAAUCCAUUCGGUUCGGUAACCCAAAGCAACACAUCAAGCCCAUUUGGAGCAUCUAGUAAUACUAGCACGGGAGGGUUUUCAUCGCAAUCAACAAACACAACUACAUCAGGAUCUGGCUUUGGUCAACACGGGUUUGGCCAGCCUAGCUUUGGCCAGUCGGGUUUUGGUCAAUCUGGUUUUGGUAAACCCGCUUUUGGCUCAAGCGAGGCUCCCAAGUCUGCAUUUGGAGCAUUCAGCAAUACGAGCACCUCAUCAAAUGCCUCCCCGUUUUCUUCUUUUGCCAGUAAUCAAGGAAGUGCGUUUGGAUCAGCAACUACUAAUACAAAUGAUAAUCCCUUUGCAUCAAGUUCGCCAUUUGGUGCUGCUACAAACAAUAAUGCUUCCAGUCAAUCUCCAUUCUCAAGUAAUCAAAAUAGCUCUCCAUUUGGGGCUUCCAAUAAUAAUAACUCUCCAUUUGGUUCUGCUGCUUCUAAGCCAUCGAUAUUUGGCUCUAGCUCUACAUCUACAAAUGCGUCACCUUUUGGUGUUGCUUCUAAGCCAUCGGUAUUUGACACUUCUACAACAACAAAUACAUCUCCGUUUGCCACUGCGAACACACAAAAUACAAAUUCACCAUUUGGCUCUACUUCUACACAGAAUUCUAGCUCGCCAUUUGGUGCAGCUACACAAAAAACAAACUCGCCAUUUGGGGUUGCGGCCAACAAUAAUCAGCAAUCGCCUUUUGGAUCUCAAGCUCAAGCUCAAGCUCAGGCUCAAUCUUCAUCGCCAUUUGCUUCGCUUCAGUCAUCUACCUCAUCACCAUUUGGAGACUCUGGAGGGUUUGGAGGGUUUGGAUCUUCUCAGAAACCUGAAAAUUCAUCGUCAUUUGGUUCGUUUUUUAAUCAAAGCUCUCCAUUUGGAUCCAGCACUGCUUCUCCAUUCGGGGCUAGUGCUGGUCCUGGGUUUGGUAGCUCGAAUGCUAAAUCCACAGUUAUAGAUCCGUUAGAUAAGCCAUUUUCCCUUUCUGAACUUUCAGAUGUUUUUAAGGCGGAAUUUGAAAGUAAUGAAUUUACCAUAGGUAAAGUUCCGGAUGUUCCCCCUCCAUUAGAAGUUCGAUAA